AUGAAGUCCGAAGCGUAUGCUCUUGUGGCGGACCGUCUGUUUAUCGUACAACUGGCUUCCUUUCUCGAGAUUGUUCACGUCGCCAUGGGUUGGGUCAAGAGCAGUCUUCUACCAACUACUUCACAGGUUCUGGGACGUAACCUCGUUUUCUUCCUUAUCUUGGUUCCCCAUAAGGAAGUGCAGGAGGACACGGCCGUUUUCAUCCUUUUCCUUGCCUGGAGUAUGAUAGAGCUGAUCAGGUGA